GUGACGUCACUUUUCUUAAUUUGGAUUUAGGUAACCCUUUACCACACUGCUUGCUCUGGAAAAAAUAGGGAAUAAAAACAAAGUGUAAGGAUCAGGGAGAUGUGAAGGCCAUUUGCUAGGAUAAGUACUUCUAAGACAUUAUACAGGAAGAAAAUGCCAGUGAGUGUGACCUCGUAUCACUCAGAGUCCAGCUCUAGAGUUGGUUCUUCAUAUUCUCCCUCAUACUAUCGGACCUCUCUACCAAGUACAUUUCGGUCAACAAGUUCUUACACACAAUCAUACCGUUCAACUUCCGGUUUAGAUGAUGGCUACUCCAGCUCAAGGAACAAAAGUGACACCUCUGACUCAUUAUAUUCAUCGUCGAGUAAGAGGGACUACAGUAAGAGCCGUUCCUUGAGCAGUGUGGAUAGUGCACUGAAAUCAGGUAGUCUUUCAUCACGACGAACAUCGACUACUUCUUCUUCUUCCUACCCAUCUCCAACAUUUGAUAUCUCACACUAUUCCCCACAAAACUACGUGGCAGGCUCAUCACGUAGCAGUGCAAUCACCUCCAGCCGUCCUUCUCGCACUACAUAUAGUUCACUACGUGACUCGGGCUAUGUGCCCUCUCCCUCUCUACGUGCCUCAAGAUAUUCUGAUCAGGAAACUGAAAGAGAGUCAAUAACCCAGAGCAAAACUAAGACCUCUCAAGACCAAGGAGGGCUCACUGGCUUAAGCAACAUUGGGAAUACUUGUUUCCUCAAUGCUAUUGUGCAGUGCCUUAGCAACACAAAGGUGCUUCUUGAAUACAUAACAAACAAAGACUACAUCAAUGAAAUCAGAAGUUCAGCAAAAGCAUCUCUCAUGAAACGUUUUGCUGACUUGAUCAAAGGCCUUUGGCAAGGGGGAAUAUCUUCAAUAACGAUACUUUCAUUCAAGAAAGAAGUAGAUGUCUACGCUCCACGAUUUCUUGGCUAUGCCCAACAGGAUGCACAGGAGUUUCUUCGCUAUUUGCUAGAAGGACUCCAUGAUGAACUUAAUCGUGUCACCUCACAGUCUAGAAACUUGACUGAAGAAAUUGAUGAUGACUUAAGUGACUCACUCAAAGCUGUUGAAACUUGGAAGAGAUACUUGAAAUUUGACAACAGCAAGAUUGUAGAUACCUUUGGAGGUCUUUUGAAGUCAACUUUGGAAUGCACUCAUUGUGGACACUGCUCUACCACAUUUGAGCCAUUCUGGGACCUCUCUUUGCCCAUACCCCACACCUUGCGCACAGGGAAACUGAUGUUGUCCCAGUGCUUUGAUCUCUUCACUAAGGAAGAAGUGCUUGAUGGAGAUGAAAUGCCGACAUGUUCAAAGUGCAACACUCGACGAAAAUGUAAGAAGAGAAUCCUGAUCCAAAAGUUCCCGGAAGUCCUAGUAAUUCAUCUGAAACGGUUCUCUCUUGGAGGCCGAUCCUGUAAAGUGGAAAGCACCAUUGACUUCCCAGUGUCCAAUUUGGAUGUGGCAGCCUAUUCAGCAGACAGCCAAGUCAAAAACCUGGGCUAUGAUUUGUAUGCAGUUGUCAAUCACAAUGGAACCUGCUACACUGGCCACUACACAGCCUAUUGCAAACACCCGUAUUCUGGAGAAUGGCAUUCAUUCAAUGAUCUGAGUGUCAGACCAAUAUCUCCUGAGACUCACAACAAGCGAGAUGCUUACGUAUUGUUCUAUGAGCAGAACCAGUCGACAAACUUGUAAAUGAGUUGUGUAUUGUAAAAGCAACUUUCCUCAAACAUGUUAAUUUUUUAUGUUUCCUUUUUAUAUUUUCACUUUUGAUUGGUUUUAUUUUAAUUGUAUGGUUUUUUAAUAAGUCCCACAUUGAUAAUUAUGAGGUAGUGAACUUGAAGGAAAGUUGUCAUCCAAUGAUCCAUUUUUUUAUUAUGGUAUCGAACAUUUCAAGUUAAAUUUUGUUGUGUUUCACCUUGUAAACGUGCGUUUCCUUUCCUUGAAUUCCCUGGCUUACUUAGAUAUCAAUUUACACAUUCUCACCAGUUUAUUUCUUUAUACUGUUGUAGAUGGUUGUACAAAUUUAUUAAUGAUUUUGUUCAGUGUUAUUUCUUUUUAUUACUAUGUUAUGUUUUCAGUAGCAGAUUUUGAAAGUUUUAUGUUUUGUUAAACCUAGAUAAUAAUUAAAAGCCAUGACUACAUAUGUUUAAAAACAUGCAAAGACUGAUGGGGAGUAUAUGAGAAAAUAAAAAUUUAAUCUUUCUGGGUAUUUCAACUAAUGUAAUUAUAAAAGAGAUGACAAAAAUGUUUUAUAAUCAAUUAAUUUUUAAGUUUAUUAUAAUAUGAUAAUAUAAUAUAUAUAUAUCAAUCUACUGCUGUAUUUGAUAGUUAAAAAAAGUUGCUGGUUAAGUUAAUUAUAUCAGAUCAUGGUUAUGGAGAUUCAAUUCUAAAAUAGCGUAUGCAUUAAAGCAUCAAACAACCCAGGGCAACUACCUGCUAACUUAGCUAAAAGCAGGGUAAAAUUAAUGCAAGGAUCUCCAAUAAAUGCUAAAAAGAGCUGAGGAUGAGGGUCUACAAGAUUUGUACACUAUACAUGUACAUUUUUAUAUUGAACAUAUGUCUAAAUCUAUAAUAAACUCUUUCAACAAAGAAAUACUGAACCUGCACCACCCAUGUUCAGUCUCUCAUGUAUCUACCAUCGCCACCUACGUAUGGUCAACAAAUCCUAGUACAAGCAGAUGUUCACCAGCUAAAUUCUCCUUUCAAAGAGCGAAAUCUUGUUUCUUUUUUAGAGCAUACAAAAAAAACUAGGAAUCAAUUCCUAAACGACACUAUAUAACAUAGCCUUGAGAAGGUAAUCAUAGAUCCCUUAAUAUCGUACAUCCAAACGCAGACAAAAUUGCCAAUAAAAUCAAGCACCUGAACAUCUUAAAACCUGACCUAGUGAUUGUGAUGGAACAUGGGCAGACAAGAGACACAUUGUCAAGCAUAACUAAUAGGAUACUCACUGACAGCAGAAUAUAUCAGAAGAGAGGCUAUAUUCAAAAAAGACGCAAAAGAUAGCUCAGGCAUAGAGACAUGCACCAGCACAACACUCGUCAUGCUCACUACCAACUCACCAUCUCAGCCUGUUUGGAAGGAAACCCUCAUACAAGGGAGCAGCAUAUUUCAACCGCGUACCAGACCAUCUCAAACAAGAAUGGAUCAAGACACUCAAGAGAAAGCUAAAUCUAUGGCUACAAGACAAUCCUUACUACACAGAAAAGGAAUUUCUUGACAACUAAACAUGUUAAAUUUUAUGAAUCCCAUGACUCAAGUCCAGUCCCUACCUAGUUGUGGUUUACAGGACUAAAGGAAACUUAGAGGCAGGUCUGGAUGUUAUAUCUAAAGCAUUGGAAGGUUUACCAACUAAAAAACCAGUAGUAAUCAUGGGUGACAUCAAUAUUGAUAGCAAGGUAAAAAAGAAUAACUGCACUCUACUGACAGAAAUCCUGACUAGCUACAACACCCAGAGAUUGGACCUCCCAUACACUAGAAUCACACCAAUCUCCAGAACAUCUAUAGAAUGUAUAUGCACUAACCUGCAGUUAGAACAGCUCCACAUUCUAAACACAGCAAUCUCAGACCACUCAGGGCAGCUAUGUACCAUUGACUUGGACAACCAUUUACCCCCACCACCAUCUGUUGGACGCAGAAACAUGAGUACAAGAAACUUGCUUAAGAUAAAAGCUCUCCUUCACCAGCAAGACUGGACAGCAGUCUACAGGUCAAAAAUGCAGAGGAGUCUUACAACAGUUUUGGCGGUAUUCUUUGUUACGCAAUAGAUAUGACAUGCCCAAAAUCACAGCUACAACACCAGACAUGCCUCAAGCUACCAAUUCCCUGUAUACAGACUGACAGCCACAGAAACGAAACCGACCUACCCAGGAGCUAAGUAAUAUAAUUAGCUACCUACUAGAGCUAGUUCCUACUCCAGAGGACCUGAAGAAGACCAAAAGUCUGCAGUUUAGAUGACGUCUGAAGUGCUGGCUACAAGAACAUCCUUUCCACCAACUUAAUGAAUUUUAUCAAUGAACUGACAAUGCCUAGCUACUGAAUUUUAACAAUUUAUUUCUGUGACCCUUGUUCUUUUCUCUAUGAUAAUAUACAAAAGAAUAAAUUAACAAUAAACAAAACAUUGUUAAGAACUGAGAGGGGGUAGUAUACUUUUACAUUCCCUUUAUUUCAUAAAAUAUUAAAUGUUUUAUAUAUAUAUAUAUAUAUAUAUAUAUAUAUAUAUAUACAUUUUUACUUUUGGUGUUCUAUUAACCUUGAGAUUUUUGUAUAUUAUUUUAUGAAAAAAAUGUUCAAUGUAUUAGAAUUUAACUAUACGUGAAUGCCUAAUGUUAUGAAUAUAAACAAAAACUGAAAUUGAAAUAUUAAGAAUUGAAAAUAUGUAAUAGUACAAACACACACACACACAAUAAAUGUGCAUAUACAUGCAAUUUUGUAGACAAAACUUUAGUAGCUAUUAAUAUCAUGCUACACCAUUGUAGCUUUUAAUCAUUAUACUUAAACUAAUAAAUUGCAUGUAAUUAAAAUGUACAUAAGAAACCAGUUAAGAUGUGCAUGGCCUUAUAAAAAUGUUCACAAUUGUGAAAAAUGUAUUGUUAAUUUAAAAAAUGAUUUGUUGCUGCUUUAAUACCAACAUGAUUCAUUUAAAUGCAAUUCUUUAACACGCCAAUAUUGUAGUUUGGUAACACAAAGAUAUUCCAAGUUUAGAAGUGGAGUGAUUAACAAGUUCUUUGAACAAUUAAAUGACAAAAAAAUAAAUGUGUUUUACUAAAUUAGUUAUCAAUAGUAUUAAUAAAAUUAUUAAAAACAGGCAAUAAUAUAUAUAUAUAUAUAUAUAUAUAUAUAUAUAUAUAUAUAUAUAUAUAUAUAUAUAUAUUCGAGCUGUAAGUGUUCAAUUUAUGUAUUGAAGGAAAACUAAAAGAAUCAGUUUACAAGUUUGUAAAUUGGUUUUGUUUUCAUUUCAGAUCUCAAGGUUUAUAUUUCACUGAAUAAACCACAGCUGGAUAAAUCUGUCUUAACAAGUACAAUGAGAGAGUAGGUCUAAUCAACUUAUGACAGUAGAUUUCAAAAUUAGUUAUAUUUCUGAAUCUGGCCAUUUAGGUCUGAUCACCAAUGUAAACUGGAUUUUAUUUGAUGUAUAUGAUUUAUCUCUAUGGCUGUAGAAAACAUAAUACACUGCAAAAUAGAUUGAUAGUUUUAGUUGUUAAUUUGUUUAUUAAUUCUAUAUAUGUUCUAUAUACAGUGGAACCUAGCUAAUUCGAACUUCUAUAAUUCGAAAUCUUCUUUAAUUCGAAUAUUUAUAUUGGCCCCUAGCAUUUUCUAUAUAAAUAAUGCAAAAAUAUUGUGGUUAAUUCGAAGUUUAUUUUGGAUAAUUCGAACUUUUUAUUCGAACCCGAUGCCGAUUUUAAAGUGGAAAGAUUCGCGAAAAGACGCUGCACUCUUUCUAAUCACAAGGCACUUGCUUCAAGGGCAUUGGACACAGAUCUAGCCACACUCCCGCCCGUCCGGCCGGCUCGGCCCUAUGCUUCCGCGCCUAUUGUUUUGUAGACGUGACUCAUCGCGACUGACACAAGCUGCGCUGCCUGCAAAACCACUCCACCCCCACCCACUCCACUCCCAUGUCGUCGCCUCGUAAUCCUCGAACAUAAAAAACUGUCUUUGGCUCAGAAAAUAGCGGCAAUCAAAGAAGUAGAGAAGGGAGUUAAGAAAAAAUCUGGGAUUGCCAAGGACUUUGGAAUUCCUCCUAACACAUUGUCCACCUACUUAAAGAAUAAAGAAAAAAUUCUCGGGAGUGAAAGUGAGAACAUUAAAGACCGGAAAAGGUUAAGGGAGCCAGAAAAUCCAGAUUUGGACAAAUGUGUUUGUUUUAAAGUGGUUCAAACAAACUAGGGAGCACAAGAUUCCAGUGAGUGGUCCUCUCAUUAAAAACAAAGCUGAACAAUUUGCUACUGAAUUGGGGAAACAAGAUUUUAAGGCUAGUUUAGGAUGGCUUGACGGCUUCAAAGAUCGCAACAAAAUUUCGUUGAAAUCCAUUUGUGGUGAAAGUGGAAGCGUUAAUCAACAGCCAACCAAUGGAAAACAGAUUUGGAGGAGAUGAUUCAGGAUCAGGACGAAAGGGACAUCUUCAAUGUUGAUGAAACGGGACUUUGUUUUUAAUGCACCCCUGACAAAACACUUGCAUUUAAAGAAAAAAAUGCCACGGAGGAAAACUGAGUAAAGAGAGAAUUACUCUCCUGGUUGGUGCAAACAUGGAUGGAUCAGAAAAGCUGCCUUUACUAAUGAUUGGCAAGUCGGCUAGUCCCCGUUGUUUGAAGAACGUCAAAUCAAAACCAGUGGAGUAUGUGAACAACGCAAGAGCUGGGAUGACCAGUCACCUUUUUGAGAAAUGGUUGUUGAACUUAGACAAAAAGUUCAUAAAAGAAAAACGAAAAGUCAUCUUGUUUAUAGACAACUGUACUGCGCACAACACGAUUCCAGUAAUGGAAAAUGUUAGUGAUUUUUUCCCCUGCCAAUAUGACUUCGGUUGUCUAGCCUAUGGACCAGGGGAUCAUAAAAAAUCUAAAACAGUUUUACAGACGUUUAUUGGUUGAGUACAUACUGACUGAAGAUUGUGACGCCCUAAAAAUCAAGUUAGACAUUCUUCAAGCCUCUCGCAUGUGCAAGAAAGCUUGGGACAAAGUAGCGCCCGAAACGAUCAAACAUUGCUUUAAAAAAGCUGGUUUUGUAAAAAAGGAGGACGACGCUGAAAAAGCCAACGACAUUAUAGCGGAAGCGGUACCUUCAGUUGACGGCUGGGAGGACGUCAUUAGUGACCCUGCCAUCUCGUUUGAAGAUUUUGUCAACGUGGAUGAAGAUGUUGCAGUAUGUGGUGAGAUAACAGACGCGGAGAUCAUCGCUGAAGUGCUCAACAAUAAACAUGAUGGCGACAUGGCAUCGGGUGACGAAGAAGGCGAGUCAUCAGUUGGGGCGAAAAUAAACGUUCCGAGUGCGGCCGGAGUAGCACAUCACAUCAUGGAACUUAGACGUUUUUUUAAGUAAAAAUGACGUAAAUGAGUCUAUUUUCAAUUAAUUGAAUAUGGCAGAAUCUUUGAAAGACUUACCUUUAGAAAACAAGUAAAGAUUUCCGACUUCUUUCGAAAAAAUAAUAUUUUACUGUAUAAUGUUCCUUAUCACCAUUCAACUUAUUUUCUUUUAUUGAUAAACAUAUACUGUAAUUGUGUAUUUUUUAGAUAAUUCAUGGUUCAAUUUUGCACUGUUUUACCAUACUUUGCUUAGUAGAAAUGCACAGAAAAACAUACAUUUACAACCACUCAUGUUAUUUUCAAUAAAGGUUUUCAGCAAAGAUGUGAAUUGUCAUUAUUUUAAGCCUUUAAUUCUUACUUAACUUUUUUAAUUCGAAUUUUCGGAUAAUUCGAAUUUUUUUAUUGGUCCCUUGAGAUUCGAAUUAUCCAAGUUCCACUGUAUUUUGAUAUUUCUUUAUGAAAUGUGAUUGAAGGUGAUACAUAUGAAACUCAGCCCUAUAAUUUGGUCAGGAUUAAACAGGCAUAUAUAAUGUGAAGCGUUUAAUGUUUAAGUUGUCGCUGACUGAACUAUUUUCAAGUGCUUAAGUCUAGAUAUUCCUGUACUGCAUUAUCAAGUAUUAAUUUACUUCAAAUAUGUAGUGUUUUAAUUAUAAAUAUGUAUGAAAUUAAACUUAACUUUUAGUAUAGUUUUUUCCACAAGUAAAUUAAGAAAAAUGGUGUCACAAAGUAAGCCAGGGUAGCUAAUUUUUGGUAAAAACUUAUAUACCAAAGUUCCAACCAAAUAUUUGCUUACAGGAGAUAUGUUAGUUGAAAUAAAUCAAGUCAUCUGAUAAAUGAAGUUUUAAGAACCAUAACUGCAUGUUCUUGAAUUGUUUUAUUUAACUCGGUAAUCUGUACAAAUUAUUACUGUGGUAGAUAGAUUGAAUACUUAAUUUUUCUUUCAAGUAACAACAGUUACUCAAUUUUGAUUCUAAAUUUUGUUUCAAUCUGUUUCAUUUAUGUAAUUAGGUGAACACAAAUUGAUAAGGAACUAGAAAGAUUCGUUUAGUUGAGCACUAUGAAGGUUAUGAUUUGUAAAGUGUAGUUUUUCUGGGUACCUUUUCUGGCCUAGAGGUCUUUUCAUCCUGUUGAUUUAUGUAAGUAGGAAAGCAUAAAAUAAUUAAUUAUUUUGUUUUUAGUUUUAAUAAUUAGAAAAAGAGCAUUAUCGUUUAAAAAUACGUAUUUGGAAAAUCGUAGACGUAAACAUCUUAAAUUUAGUGCUGUUUUAUUUAUUUACAUUUUUACCAGAUUAAUAUUUAGGUGCACACUUGCAUAAUAAUGUCAAACUCGGAUCUCUGUAAGAUUUGUUUACAAGGCUGGAAACAAGAUUUAGUAUUCAACCAGUAUUGUCUGAAUAUUUUACUAAAUUACUGUAAAUAUAAUUUUAUUUAUUGAAAGAAUCAGGGAAAUCCCUUUGCUCAGGGCUCAUAAAAUCAAGUGCCCUUUAAACCCAGGAUCCCAGUGCCUGUAUUUUCUUGAGAUACUCAAAGACAUGUUAUUUGUGAUAACAGAAUGGGCUCAUUAUUAUGUGAAUAAUUUGUUGUAGGCCUAAAGUGAAUUAGAAAGUCCCAUAAACUGAUUGGACUGGUGCCUGAAACCUGUAGGCUUACAAAAGGGAUGUUGUAGAACUAAUGGAUCUAUUACAAUAGUCAUACUCCAAUAGUGAAUCCAUAUAUACCUAUCUAUUACAUUAACACUCAGUGUAUUAUAGCUUUCAGUAGAAUAAGAUUAAACCUUGCUGUUUUGUCUAAAAACACACUACCAAUCUGUCAAGUGAAACAAGCUUACUAUAAUGUACUUAUAGCAAUUAAGUGAUUUUCCAAGAUCUGUACUUCAGAGCAGGAAUAUUGUAAUCUUAUAUAAUUGUUUAACUUUACAGAAACUAUAUGUUACCUUGUUUUAUAUAUUCUUGUUAUUAUUUAUAGAUUUUUAUUUAUUUGACAAAAUCUGACUGCACUACCAAACAAUUUCAAAGUACAAACCACAAAAUGUCAGAUGUAUACCAGUUUUAUUUUAUUUCAUGUGCGUUUGACUGUUUGUAUAUUAAUUACUUUCAUUUUGUGCAUUUAAAUUGUGUGAAAUAUAUUUUAAUUGUUUAUUCAUUGUACAAAUCUGUUAACAUAUUUGGUUUCAUUUAUAUGGUUAAAUAUUCAGUAAUGUUUUUAGUAUGUUUUAAUAUAUUAAGUUGUUUGUAUUUUGUGUAUCUUAUACUUAAAUAGUAUUGUACUUUUAACUAUUAUUUCAGUUUCCAGCCUUGUAAUAUGAUAUAUAAAAUACUGGCAUAAUUUUGGAUGACUGCAGCAUUUUUAGCUGUAUUGUUAUCUUAAACUCAUACAUAAUUUUAUACCGUCCUUAAAGAAGUACAUUGUAGUAAAAAACAUGUAUUUUAUUAUAAUAAAUUACCUUACAGUAUAGGUAAAUGACUCGUGCCUGAGAAAAGUAGAUACUUACUUUUUAACUUAAUUAACUGUAGAUUGACAAAAUGUGAUCAUUUUCUUUAGUCAUUUAUUCUAAGUUACCAUGGUGUUAUUAAAUGUUAAUUUUGUAACAUUGAGCUUUAGAUAUUUAGUAAUAAAAUUCGUUAUUUAUUUUUCAGAUAUAUAGAAUGAACAAAUUAUAUUAUUUAUAGGUAAAAUCAUAUGUAUUUACAAAUUUCUUCACUUAAUUCAGUAUUUUACCAUACAAUAGGGAGCUAAAUGUAAUUAUAUACUUACAGUAGUAGUGAACACAUAAGUAUUCAGCUGUUUCUGAAAUAUGACUUUAAUAUUUUGCUGGCAAUUUCAUCAAGUAAUCAAGUCAUACUGGGAUUACUGUUCACUCUUUAUGUUUAAUCAACUUACAAACUUGCAGUUAAACAGUUAAUAACGGGUAUUAUUACAUAAAAACAAAUUGAAUUAUUACUACUGUAAUUUUUAUUAUUUAUUUCUUAGUCUUAGUUGGUUUCAACUAACAGAAGUUGCAGGUUUUUCGUAACCAUAUUAUUAUUCCCCAUGUGUUGAUCUUGACUACCUUGCCAUUUAUUUAUUAUCAUUUGUUAUAUGAUUGUUAAAAGUGCCUUAGUCUGCCUGCUGACUCAGUCCUUUUAACAGUCUUGUAAUCAUUUUUACAUUCAAGAUGAAAUACUAUAUUGUAAGAUCAUCUUGCUUUCUCCUGUAUUCAUGGUUUUCAGUCCAUUUCAUAUUUUUAAUUAUGUUCCUUUUACUUUCAAAGCUACAGUUGUUUUUUAUUAUUAUUAUUUGAUUAAUGUUAUUUGAAAAUAAACCACCAUAUAUUUAUAAUGUUGAGAUAUUUUUAAUAAACUUAAAUAAUUUUAUCUUUUGUCUUGCACUGUAUUCAAAACUAGAGUUUCAAAUAGCACUUAAAUUUCACAAAAAUUAGUAUUAUAGAGUUAAUUAUUCACAACAAAAUUCUGGAUUUGUUGUCAUAUGUAAGAAGUUUUACUAUUAAAGAUGAAAUUCGAAAUGGACCGAGGACAUGCUUCAUCAUGUUUGAAUUGUUAUCUUAUGAUCAAUGCACUGCAUAGCGCCCUACACUAACUUACACACAUGUAAUAAAUUCAGUUAUGUUGUGUAAAA